AUGGCUUCGCUUCAGGUGAAGUCUCUACCUUCUGGCCACUUACAGCUUAUUCGCCGGAAUCUCAUUACUCCGACGGUUUUAAAAGCUCCGUCAAUGGUAUCCGCCGGUUUCAGAAGCCAGCCUUUCUUAGGACUUUCUUCUUAUGAUCUACGUAUUGAUGCAUCGGUGAGGCAGAUGAGAGGCUUUAAGUCGUGGAGCAAUCGCCGGCGAGUAAGCAAAAGCGUCGGCGUGUUUAUGUCGGUGGCUUCGGCUGAUGAUUUUCCGGCGAUUUCUUUGGACUCUUGGAAGCCUGACAAGACCACGGUGGCUCCGUCGCUGAGUGACGUCAUUUGGCCUGCAGCAGGAGCGUUUGCAGCGAUGGCGAUAAUGGGAAGAAUAGAUCAAAUGUUAAACCCUAAAGGGAUAUCUAUGUCGAUUGCACCACUUGGUGCCGUUUCUGCCAUUCUCUUCACCACUCCUUCUGCUCCUGCUGCUCGGAAAUACAAUAUCUUCAUGGCUCAAAUAGGUUGUGCAGCCAUUGGAGUCUUGGCAUUCUCCAUCUUUGGACCAGGAUGGCUGGCCCGCAGCACCGCCCUUGCCGCUUCCGUCGCGUUUAUGGUCAUUGCUCGUGCAAAUCAUCCGCCUGCGGCGAGUUUGCCACUACUAUUCAUAGACGGAGCAAAGUUACAUAAGUUGAACUUUUGGUACGCUUUAUUUCCAGGUGCAGCCGCUUGUAUCCUCCUCUGCUUCCUCCAAGAGAUCGUGUGCUACUUGAAGGAUAACUUGAAAUUUUGA